GAUUUUCGAACGUAACCUUUGAAUUGACAUACACAUGUAUGUUAAAGAUAUUGGAGGGAAAAGAAGGAAGGAGAUUAAGUAUAAAAAUUUCAGAUUAAACGACUUUGAUACAUAUUAUUUGAUAAAUAUUAAAACUUUAGUGAGAAAAAUGCAGAAAGAGCCAAAAGGUACUCCAAAAUCCGGACGUAUUCGAAGAAUUAACGACCCAAAUGUAUCAGAGAUUACAGGAAAGACUGUACUAGAUGCCACAUUAUCUAAUAUUUCAAAAAAUAAAGUCACUUCUCAUAGAACAACCAUGAUGCCAGGUGAUAUCACACAAAAAAUGUUAAAAAAGAAGAUUGCAGUCAACAGUAGGCAAUCAAUUAUGCCAUCUCAUUUAUCAAAAAACUUAGAUACUGAAUGUAAACAAAGGAAGACAGAUACUGAAUGUAAAGAGGUAGAACUUGGACUUCUUUAUGAUGAAUAUUUACAAGCUAUGAUGAUGAAUCUCAUAAUAAAGAAAAAGGCUGAAGAGAAAAAGCGCUUGAUGAUAACACAGUUGGCAACUAUAGCACAAGAAAUUGAUCAAGACGCAAAAAAAUUGAUGAAAAUCAAAUCGAGGGAACGUGACAUAAUAAACUUAAGCAUAGCACAAAAAGAAAUAGAUGCGCAGUUAGCUGCAGUAACAGAAUGUACCAAACAUAAAACAUUUAAAAUAGUAGAAGAUAUGUUAUCCAAGCUACAAUCUCUUCUACAACCUAUGGAUGUAUUGCGAUGUAAUGAUAUAAUACUUCCUAAAACACAAAAUGAAUGGGAAAGAACUCAAGAAAUAUUAGCAAAAUGUUCGAAUACCUUAAAAAGCAUCAUGAAUUUAAUUAAUUCGAAAGGCGAAACAUAUUGUGCUGUAAAUGAUGGAUUGAAGAAUUUUGUUGAAACGUAUAAUGACAUAGAAAAUCUUCAGAAAAAAUUGGAAGAAACACUUUGCAAUUUACAAGCGACGAUUUUGAAAAAUGCUUCAUUUUCAUUAAUGCAUGCUGAAAAAUAGAUUUUUUCAUUUAUAGUUUAUAUAAAAUAUUACCUUGUAUUUUUCUACUGUAAAUUAUUUGCAAAUGCAUCAAUAGAUUGAAUUUGCUAUGGAAAGAUAUAAUAUUUUAUAUAUUAGAAUAUUUUUUAUUAAGCUUAUAUAGAUGGAAAAAGUAAACAAUUA